UUCCGCUUCGUGUGUUAACGGCCAUCCGAACUGUGCUGAAACUGAUUGUGAAAUUUGAGCUAAAGAGUUCUAACCAUCUAAAUAUAAAAUGUCGUAAGCAUUUUCUUUUAUUAUCUCAUAAUCGUUUUUUGGUUGAUUUAGUACUUUUACGCACAAUGCAAAGGUUCUAAUACGUGUAUAGCAAAGACCGUUCGGCAACGCCGUUCACACCGACACUUAAUAGCUACUAUAGACUGUGAUAUGUAGAGGUGAUCUAGGUUCGAAGCAAGGUGUAAACAUAUUUGUUUUGUGUUGGAAGCGGCCAGACAGCGGAAAUAAGUACUUAAUAGCAAUACAUAAAACUCGCAGCUGCUAUAAAGCAGGAGACAAAAUAUGUGUUUGUCGCAGGUGUUUUUUUAAGCAUAUUCUCAUAGAAUUGAAUACGUGUUUAAAAAAAAAUAUCACAUGCCAAUGAUGUAAUAUGGUCCAUAUUCAGUCAUGUCCCUAUCUGUGUCCGAAUCAAACAUGCUAUUCACAGUUCUAUUAAUUUAUUAUUAUAGUUCUAUUUAUUAUUGUUAUUUAUUAUUAUAGUUCUAUUAAUCUUAGCCUAUAGCAUUAGAUGACAAUUACUAAAGAGAUACGUUUUUAAGAUCUAACCAGAUGUUUCCAGUAUGUUGUGAUAAGCCGAAUCAGAAAUACUUCUGUUUGAUUCUCAACGGCAUUCUUUAGGAAGGUUCCGUACUUAAAAAGUAACCCAUAGGUCAUCCAUUCCCGAUGUGUUGAUGUCGAACUGUGUCUAGUAGAUGACACCAAUUUAUCGAAAAUGUGAAUCAUAAUUCUAUUAUCAUUGAGUUUUAGCAAGCGAAAAAAUAAAAAACAAUUGUCAAUAACUUUUUUACAGAAAUCUGGCGUAAUUACUCAUAUUGAAUUUCAGAUUUAUUCUGCAGGAUCUUCAAUCGUAGGACGUUUUUAAAAGAACCCACAAGAAAAAUCCCGACAACCUUAAGUCGAACGUUUGGUGAAGAUGAAGACGAUGUGAGAAUGCUAUCUCCCGAGGUGAUGAAAGCGCUGCAAGAAUUUUACACCGAACGAGAAGAACAAUCGAUUGAAGAGAACUGGCAACUAAGUCAAUUCUGGUAUACACCAGAAACGGCUGAACGUUUAGCAAACAUUGCACGUUCCCAAGGAUCGCAGAUAUGCUGUCUAUCGACGCCAACUGCAUUUCAAGCACUGUACUGUACUAGAAAAGACGGAGAGAAAUUGGUACUACUUGAGUUCGACAAAAGGUUUCACGAUCUGUACAACAAUGAUUUCGUAUUCUACGAUUAUAAUGACCCCUUGGCUAUUCCGGAUACACUAAAGGGCGCAUUUGACGUCGUCAUAGCAGAUCCUCCUUUCCUGGCCGAAGAAUGUUUGGAGAAAGUUACUAAAACCAUCCGCUUUCUCACUAAGAAGAGCAUUGUGUUAUGUACAGGAGUCGUAAUGAAAACACUAGUAGAAAGCUUAUUAAAGCUUAGGGAAACAUCGUACAAGCCACAACAUGCGCGCAAAUUGGGAAACGACUUUGGAUGCUUCACAAAUUUCGAUAUCAACUUGUGAUAUGUAUACUAAUGUUUUUCGGAUUGAUUUUUUUCUUAAAAUAGUUUUAGGACCUGUAUAAUAAAAAGAUUGAUUUAUAGAUUGAUUGGUUUACCAAACCUUACUACAAUUGUACUGAAAACUUAGCCAAAUAAAACUCACUACCGAAAUUGCA